UCUAAAACUUUUUAAAACAAAAAUAGCAAGUUGUAUGGUUUAAGUAAAAUUGUAUUCGACAUAUAGUGGCAAAGUCUAACCUUUAGCUUCGUCCGUUGAUGCAUAAUGCUCAUUUCAUAAUUUAAAUUAACUGAAAAAAUGAAUUUACUAAACUGUUACAUUUAAUUACAACCGAUUUAAUUAGUUCAAAUUUUAAUAUUUUUGGCCCGAAAAAUGCAUUAAUCGAAUUAAAUGUCGUUAUUCUGUUAAGAAGCGGCAUGAGCGUGUUCUUGAACUUGUGCAUAAAUAUUGCAUCAUUUUAUCUCAUCAAACAGAGGGAACGUGAAUAAUGAGUGAACAGCGACGAGCGAUUCAGCAAUUUUUGAUAUGGCGUCAAAGUUGAUUAGGAAAGAUCUUUAUUCUCGCAUUAACGGAUUUAUUGAUAAAGAUGACAGUGACGUGACCAUCGUCGUAAAAUGACCUGGCUUUUUCGUUUAGAAUUUAUGACUAAUUCUUCGGCCUUUUAUUUUUUUUAAACCUUUACAUUGAAUCACUUCCGGGUUUCCUGUUUGGAAUUUUUGUUUUCCUUUCUAAUUAUGUCAUUAACGAUUCUUCUUUUCUUUAUCCCUGUCAAGGUAUUCAGAAAAUAUCUGACUUUCUGCGGGAUUGGUAUCCAAAAUGCACAACUUUUCGAAAUGUCCGUACAAGAAUAUAAGAGGAACCAGUUAUUAUUGAGCCUGGCCCAGUCCAUAUUCGAAGAGACCUCAUCUUUAGAUAGACUCAUCAAUAAAAUCAUGUCGAAAGCUCAGGGACUUCUGCAAUGUGAAAAAUGCCGAGUCUACUUAGUGGAUACGGAACAAAAAGAUGCGUUGACUUAUCACAGAGAACAAUUAGAAAUCGGGAAAAUAUCUCCAAUUUUUAAACCCAGGAAAUUUUCUAGGCCAGAGGAUGUUAUUUUCACUACGAUAUUUGAAUUGAGAAGAGACGAAGAAGAGAUUCGGCGUCCCAGUCUGAUGGAAUUGGCAGGGCAGGAAAUGAUUCAUGUUCAUUUUGCUCGUCACGUCGUUGCGACAGGACAGACAUUUAAUUGGCUGGGUACCGAUGAAGAAUUGGAUGAAAUGAAAAACAUCUUACGGCUAUCCUCUUUCAAAGAAUUUGGAGUUGAAAAUAUUAAAGUUUCUGGUCGUGUUUUAUCUAUACCAAUAUUUAAUAGUGAAAAUAAAGUCAUAGGAGUUGCCCAAUUAGUCAAUAAGUUGAAUGGCGAACACUUUACGGAAAUUGAUAUCAGCACAUUUGAGGCAUUUUCUAUAUUCUGCGGAUUAGGUAUACACAACACACAAAUGUAUGAAAAUGCCAUAAAAUUGAUGGCAAAACAAAGAGUUGCGUUAGAAGUUCUUUCCUAUCACGCAUCGUCGUCGGUUGAAGAAAUGAAUAAAUUAAUGCAUUUGCCAAUUCCUUCAGCCAAUAAAUUCAAUUUGUACAGUUUUGAAUUCAGUGAUUUUGAAUUAGCAGAUGAGGAUACUUGUAAAGCAUCUUUAAGAAUGUUUAUGGAUUUGGAUCUCAUUAGAAAAUUUCACAUUCCAUAUCAGAUAUUAUGUCGUUGGACGUUAAGCGUCAAAAAAAAUUAUCGUAAUGUAACGUAUCAUAAUUGGAGACAUGCUCUAAAUGUCGCACAAACUAUGUUUGCCAUGUUAACAAUAGGAAAUAUGAAACAGAUGAUGUCAGAUUUAGAAAUGCUGGCACUUUUAGUAGCCUGUCUAUGUCAUGAUCUUGAUCAUCGGGGCACUAAUAAUUCUUUUCAGACAAAAAUUGAAUCUCCUUUAGCAACUUUGUAUACUACCUCAACUAUGGAACACCAUCAUUUUGAUCAAUGUAUUAUGAUAUUAAACAGUGAAGGAAACAACAUUUUUCAAUCCUUCUCUACAGAAGAUUACAAAACUGUGAUAUCUUAUAUAGAAUCUGCAAUUCUUGCUACAGAUCUUGCUCUUUAUUUCAAAAAGAAAGAUACAUUUGGAAAAUUAGUUGAAACUGGUACAACAAAUUGGUUAGAACCUGCUAAUAAAGAUCUCCUCAGAGGUAUGAUGAUGACUGCAUGUGAUAUAUCUGCUAUUUGUAAACCAUGGGAAAUUCAAAGAAAAGUAGCAGAACUGGUAGCCAGUGAAUUUUUUGAACAAGGAGAUUUAGAAAAAGAAAGAUUAAAGGAAAAACCAAUUGCAAUGAUGGAUAGGGAAAAAAAAGAUGAAUUGCCUAAGAUGCAAGUUGGAUUCAUUAAUUGUAUAUGUCUCCCAGUAUACAAGGCUUUAACAGUUAUUCAACCAGCACUUCAACCAUUGUUGGAUGGAUGUGAAAGAAAUAAAAAACAUUGGGAAAUGUUAGCAGAUGAAUAUGAAAAGCAUUUGAGAGAACCUACACUUCAUAGUUGUAGACAUGGAACACUUAAGCUUGGAGAUAUACAGCAAAGUCCUUCAAGAGACAAGCUGCCACAGAAUCAAAAGGAAAAGAUAGACACAGAAAAUAAACGGAAUGAAAUAAAAUCUCAUAAAUUAAUAUGGAACUGUUCCAAAUCGUCGGAAGGAAAGUGCAAGCAUAGUCGUUUCUGCAACAUGCUAUGAUUGUUUUACACCAUUGAAUCCACUAUUUAUAAAAGAUGUGAACUAUUUUUUAACCUUCUCAUAAAAUUAUACAAAGAAGAAAUUUCAUUUUUAAGAGGAUUGCAUCUUCAUCAUUUCUUUGAAAGUUUGCCUUGGUGAUACCUUGUGAAUAUAUUUUAAAAAUUCUACUUAUUAGAAGCAUUGUUUUGUAUGUUGUUGAUGAACAUUAACAACAAUGUUUAAAAUUUAUUAUUUAUUGAAUAUGAAGAAGCAAGGAUUAUCAACUUCAUUCAAAAAAAUGCUCUUUGGAUAAAUUUGAACUUGAAAGAAAGAAAGAAAAAAAAAGUAGAAAUUGUUUAAAUACUUAUCAUCAUAUCUGAGAAAAUAAUCACUCAGGAAUCUGACAUUCCACAAUACAGGAAAUAUUUUUAUAUUUAUAAGAAAUUUUUAGUCAGUUUAAACAAUUCUCAUAAGUGAUAAGAAAAGAACAGAAUAAAAUUGAAUUUACAAUAGAAGUAAAAUAUAAAAAAAAGUUUAUUUCUAUUGUAAAAUACAGUUUUGAGUGUAUUUGGCAAGAAUAAUGUAUUUGAAACAAUUCAAUUUUUCUAUUUAGUCAUAAUUAGUGUUCUUCAAAUUUAAGUUCAAUAACUUAAAAGCAUUUGAUAUACCUUAGGGCUUUCAUAACACCAAGACAAUACUUUAAUCAUCUGUACAAAUCAUUAAUUAUUCUCUAACUUCCUACAUAAAUUUUAGUUACAAUGUAAAUAUUGUGUCUGUAAAUAUUGUAUUAUGCUAAACAUUGUUUAAAUAAUUAUGUUAUGUGAACUUAUUGUAUAGUAAGUUGUUUAUAUUAAUUUGAUUAUUAUUUAUAAUUUUGCUAUAACUCAUUUUUUUUAAAUAAAUGCUUAAUGUAAGAAGUGCUAUGAAUAAAUU